CUGAUAUUCACACCGGAUAUUGGGAGCUAAUCCACUUCCUAUUUUAAAUUUGAAGAAUAUUUAAAGAUUAGUAUAUUUAUAAGCGUUUCUUUGAGGACAGAUGGUGAGGUCAGUCGAGAUGAACGAGGUUCAUGUUUACGAGGCGAAGUUUCGCUACAACCCUGCGGAACAUAAUGACGAUUCUGACCAGUAUAUUUUCAUGGAAAAAGAUGAUAUUCUGGAAGUUCCAAGUCAAAACCUGCACGGCAAGAGUCCUGACAACUUGGCUGAUUGGCUGGAAGGAUUUAACGUUACGCGAGAUGCGAAAGGUCUGUUUCCCGGUCCAUAUGUUCGUUAUCUUGGUACGAAAGACGCCAGCGGUGACGUCCAAGAGUACAGAGAGGUUCUACCACCAAUUCCACCAAAACCCAAAUCGACAUCAACAGCCCCGUCUGCUCAUGAAGCACCUGAUUUAAAGGAAGAUACAAGUGACUAUGCUGUGUUUACCCCGGGAGUGUAUAGCAGCCCAACCAACAGGAACGACCAACCGACACAUCGCCCAACUUUCCAACCUCCUACUGAUACGGACCAAGAUGAAGCACCAGGUGUUCCUCACAGACUGAUUGAGUGCUACUUCCUGCGACCUGUUGCCUGCUUCGUAUGUAACGAUUACAUCUGGGGAACGGGGAAAUUUGGAAAGAAAUGUGAAGCAUGCAGCGCUUGUUGUCACAAUGCGUGUGCUGAAGUUGCGAAGAGCACCUGUCAUCGACGUCGUGUUAACUCAACCCCGACCAUGGAAUCCAGUGUGUCGCUCGAAGACUGGACCACGGAAAAUGUUAUAGACUGGAUGGCUGCACUAAACUUGUACAGAUUUGCAGAGCUGUUUCGAGACAAACAUGUGACGGGCCGCGACCUCAUUAAUAUGGACCCCAACAAACUCACGGCAAUGGGUAUAAGAGAUGAGUUUCACAAGUUGUCGAUCAUGGUGUGUAUUGAUGAAUUGUGUGGACGAAAUCCAAAUGAGGCGACGUACGGAAGCGCGUUGCCCCCACCCUCGCAGUUUAUGUCAGACAUGGAGGCAGCAAGUAGCUGCGGUGGUGCGGCUGCCGAGAACCACCGGUUUUCCGAGUACAAUUUCUCGUCCAUGCAGCGAUGUCACCUGUGCGACAAAUUUUUGUACGGUCUAAUGCGUCAAGGAGUCCAAUGUCGAGAGUGCGGGAUUUGUAGUCAUCGUUAUUGUUCGACGAACAAACAGUCAGAAUGCAGUACGCCAAAGUUAGAACGACAUAGACGACCAAGCUUUACUCAAAACUCUGUGUUCGGAGCGGACCUUGCUGAAGAGUUAUCUCGAACCCACAGUGAGGCUCCAAUCGUGUUGAUGAAAUGUGCGGAGGUGGUUGAGCGGGCGUGUAGUGCUCACGAGUCAGAGGCGUUGAGUGUCUACAGGAUAUCUGCGAAAACAGAAGACAUCAAUGAUGUCAAAACCGCUUUUAACAAAGCGGGAGAAUCAGGUCAGGUGAACUUGGAGAACUUUAAUGUUCAUUGCGUAGCCGGUGCGUUGAAGAAAUAUCUCCGUGAACUGCCGAACCCGGUUAUUCCUGUCGAAAUGUACAGCUCGUUCAUAGAUGCAGCAAGAAAGUGUGGGCGUGACACUACAGAAUUAAGUAAGGCCCUGCUAGAUCUUGUGGAACAGAUGCCGCCGGCGCACAAGUCCACACUUCGUUACCUCAUGGGUCAUUUUAUCCGGCUCUGGCGUAUACAGCACGACUCUGGAAUGGAGGAUGGGCUUGACAAACUCUCGCACGUCUUCUGUCACAUUCUUCUGCGACCUCCGUGGGAAAAAAUCAUCGAGAUAGUGGAAAACACAAAGAUCCACAUUGACAUAUUUGAGCAGUUGUUACUGAAUGGGAACUGGGGCGAGACCCCGCCACCAUCCCCACCACCCAUCCCUCCUCGCCCCCCAGUAGUCGCGCCACCGACUACACCCAUAGAGCAGGCCGAGUGGUACUGGGGCACUAUUUCACGAGAGGAAGUGAAUGAGUUGCUAAGAGACAAACCGGAUGGAACAUUUCUAGUCAGAGAUGCUUCUACACCUGGCGAUUAUACAUUGACAUUACGCAAGGGUGGUGCGAAUAAGUUGAUAAAAAUUUACCACAAAGAUGGUAAAUACGGAUUUGUUGAACCUUUAGUGUUAGAUUCUGUUGUGGAAUUAAUACAAUAUUACAAACAAAACUCACUUGCAAUAUACAAUCGGACACUAGAUAUUAAGCUGUUGUAUCCAGUGUGCCAUACGCGUUCAUCCGGGACGACGCCGUCGGACGAUAUCGAUAAAGAAAUGGCGAGGUUGCGGCAAAUUAACAAAGAGUUUCAGAAGAAGGAAUUGGAGUACGACACUCUGUAUGAGCAGCACUCGCGUACGCAGUUAGAUUUGCAGCUAAAACAUCAGGCACUUGACGCGUUUAAGGAGACGAUCGCGGUGUUUGAUGAGCAGAUGGAACUACAUCGUCGUUUCCACAGUGAGGCUGGCCAAAAUGAGCUCCAGAGGCUGCACGAGAACUUUGAGCUAUUAAAGGGUCGCCUUAUGAAUAUCACGGAGAGUAAGAGCCAACUUGAGGUAGACAUUAAACGAAAGACGCAGCACAAUCGUGUACUUAUCAGCGAGAUGAACAGUCUUAAACCAGAAAUCAAACGUCUCACACGGCAACGCGACCAGCUUAAAAAAUGGUUGUUGGAGAAGAGUGUACCAGUCGCAGAAAUCGACACGAUUCUCGAGAAGGAGGAUGAGGAGAGUAGCGCGCCGCAGGAGCCUGAAAUGUUGCCGCACCACGACCAGUCUACCUGGCUUCUCGAUUAUAACCGCCACGAGGCGGAGUGUCAGUUGACUGGGACUCCGGAUGGAACUUUCCUUAUCAGACCCAAACGGGAGGAGGGGGACGUCUAUGUGUUAUCUAUAUCGUGUCAAAACAGUAUAGGACAUUGUAAAAUACUUCACAAGAAGACUGGGUAUGGUUUCGCAGAACCAUUUUUCAAGCAUGCAACCUUAAUGGACCUUGUGAUCCACUACCAGCAGGAGUCGCUGGUGGAACAUAACCCGCAGCUCGAUAUUCGCCUUCUUUAUCCGGUGAACGCACAAGACUCGAGUAUAUACCAAUCUUUGUACUUAUCAAUGAACCAAAACCCAUGACAUUCUGGCAGCGACUGACGGAUGGACUCGUAUUUAAACAAAAUAUUGCAUAUUGCUACAUUCUUCCGUAUGACGGAUUGACUUGUGAAAAAGUGUGCCAAAAAAACUCCCAUUUGUUAUAACAAUAGGGAGUUUUUGCGUUGUUUACGCGAACUAGGGCUCGUUGGACCAUAGACAAGGGGCAUUGUUCUACGCCAAAGCGUUGCAAUGUCUAGCAACCAAGGAUCUUGUCUCUGUACGAAGGGCAUAAGGGAGUUACGCCAUGUUGAUCAUGGGAGUUCUGUCCCUUGGAUAGUUUUAGGGCGGUUUUGUAGAAUAUUCAAGGAAUUGACUGUUAUGACUUGUGGUAGGAAUAUGUAUCAUCCCUGUUGCCAUAAACAUAUGAAGGGACAGUUUUGUGCUGUUGUGGAUUAGAAUGUUAUCAUAAAUUAACAGAUAUUUAUUUUUGUCUUUCGUUAAGUGCAACUUUGUCAUUUAUCUGUCCUUAAAAUGACGUUUGCAUGUGCUAUCAUUGUUAGUUAUUGGCUAGGAUUCUUUGAUAAAAACAUGUGAUUCCUUCUCGAAGAAAUGUGAACAAAUUUUACAGUGCUAUUCAGUAUUACGCAGUGAAUUUUACUUCAUACAAACUUACAGCAAAUAUUGUUACAGUUUCCUAGCUACAGUGGAAAUAAAAACCUAUUUUUUCUGUUAAAAAAUUAAAUAUAUACAUGUAGAUCCAUCAUUUUGUGUCUAGAACUUGAGGUACAUGUAUUUGCUUGAACUCCAUCAAAUUUAACCAACAUGUUCUGUUCAACCCUGGUGCAUUUCAGCUUCUAAUAUGUAUAGUCUCUUCUGUUACUCUCAAUUCUAUAUUUGUGCAUGUUUGUCUUUCUCAAAAUGAUUGUUCAGUAUCCAGCCUUGAAGCAUAAUGAGACGUGGGGCGCAGUCAGUUGUACGUUGGACUGUGCUCUCGUUGUUUGUUGAGUAGCGUUGUUAAGCAAGAAUUGCUUCGUUGUUAAUUGUUAUGAUUUUUAGUCUUGGGCCUUAAUUUAAGUCAUAUAAACAUUUUUAGAAUUGAUGAAUGAGGAUUGUUUUAAAUGAUCUCUUUGAGUGAGAGAAAUGUUGAUUAUGAACUAGAUACUUAUUACAAUAAGAGAAACAACUUUAUGGAACUUAUCUUAUCAAACAAGUUUAUUGGAAAAUCUAAUACGAUCAUUAUUUUAUUUAAAUUUCAUAAUAGUAAUUAUGUUAAAAAAAUUCAUCGAUUAUUAAAAAUAUUCAAUUACAUUUCUCUGAAGUUACAAGUAAAAAUGAUUAAAUAAAGAGUAAUUGUCUUAGAAUUUGGCCCCUAAAUAGGUUGUUAAUCAUAUAACUAUUGGUGCAUUGUGAUCUGUGCGAUGUUUUUUUCAAAACAACACCGUAUGACUAGUGUCUGUAUAAUUAUUUUCUACCGAUAUGUUGACACAAAAACAGUGUUUUGAACACAUUUGUAUGUGAGUAAUAAAUGGCUUCUGUUUUCAAUAAUGUCAUCAUGAAUAACAAUAGAUUCUGUAGCAGUUAGAAACACAAGUUACGGCAGUUCGUAUUGGUUUUAUUGUCAAAGUCACUGCAUUGGUCAUCUGUUUCAGAAUGUCAAACAGAGGGUAAUCAUUAUACUCUGGGACUUAUGAAAUAAUGUUAGUGUGGAGGAUAUCACAGGAGGGUCAUUCAAUACAGAAUUUAUCCAACAUUUCUAAAAUUGUAAAAACUAGCCAUGGGCAAGAAUUAAUUCUAGUAAACAAGUUUACUAAAUUUCAUAUUUACUGACGACAAAGGUGAUAGUCUUUUCAUAUAAUAAAUACUUACAAGAUUAUUUUCAUCUCUCAUUACAUAAAAUGUCGCUAUAUAACAUUACAUUUUCAUUUGACUCCAUGUAAAAGGAUGUUUCACUAGUUAUUGAAUAUAAAAAAUAUAUAAUGACUUUAUUUCAUGCUGGCGAUGACACUUAAAAUGUAAAUUGUGUUAUAAAAGUGUAGAAAAUCAUGUGCUAUAUGGGUCAGAGAAGAAAUGUUAUCUGAAUGUUGUGUAUGUGAUGUCUUGCUUAGUAAAAAAAACAAAAACCUCUGCUAACAUUUGAAGGUUAACUCUAUUCUCAAAUUAACUUGCACCAUUUUUUACCAAAAAGUAAGCAUUAUUAAUUUCAUUCAAAAAAAUGAGUAGUUAGUAAUUUCAUUUAAAACAAA